AUGAUGGAGGAGUCGAAGCUGACGCGUUCCCAGCAGCGAUACCUGAUGGACUGCGUGGAACGAGGAGGUACCCUGCCCCUUCAGUGCCACCGCACAUCCAGCAAAGAGCCAGCACCUGCAGCACCUGCUUUCUCGCUGGCGGUUUGUCAGCUGAGCAGGCUUUCAGCUAGACCACAUCUCCGACCUGCCAAUGUCUGCCAGGCAGGAGAUGCCUACACCCGAGAGAAAUUCAAGCCACAGGCAACACGAGAUUUGGAAAAGGAGAAGCAAAGGCUCCAAAAUAUCUUAGUGACGGGGAAGGAUGAGGUGGAACACAAGGCGAAGCAGAAGCUGCUUCAGACAAAGGAAGAGGAGAUACCUGAGCCAGACCGGUUUGAAGAAUUGGUGAAUGAAGUUCAGGAGAGGAGGGAAUUCCUGGCAGAGAUGGAAGCUCUAGGACAGGGCAAGAAGUAUCAAAGGAUUAUCCUCACUGAAAUCUCGCAGAAACUUUGUGAGAUGGAGAUCAUCGACAAGAAGAGAAGUGAGGAAAUGAGACAGAUCAUGACAAAGGAUUGCCCUGGUGGGAACAAAUCCAAUCCCCACAACUAG